UGAGCAUGAACACCAGCUCAGACCAGCCCUCCUUCCUGAGCAAUCACUGGCUCUACUUCUCCGUGUACCUCUUCACCUUCCUCGUGGGGCUUCCCCUCAACCUGAUGGCCCUGGUGAUCUUCGUGGGCAAGCUGCGGCACCGCCCCAUGGCCGUGGACGUGCUCCUGCUGAACCUGACCCUCUCGGACAUGAUCUUGCUGCUCUUCUUGCCGUUCCGCAUGGUGGAGGCAGCCAGUCGCAUGCGCUGGCCCCUGCCCUUCCUCUUCUGCCCCUUCUCCAGAUUCAUCUUCUUCACCACCAUCUAUCUCACGUCCCUCUUUCUGGCAGCCGUGAGCAUUGAGCGCUUCCUGAGUGUGGCCCACCCGGUUUGGUACAAGACCCGGCCGAGGCCCGGACAGGCCGGCCUGGUCAGCGGGACCUGCUGGCUCCUGGCCGCUGCUCACUGCAGUGUGGUCUAUGUCAUUGAAUUUUCCGGGGACCACAGCCAGGGUAUCAAUGGGACCUGCUACCUGGAAUUCCGGGAGGAUCAGCUUGCCCUUCUCCUGCCCGUCCGGCUAGAGAUGGCUGUGGUCCUUUUCGGGGUGCCGUUGCUCAUCACCAGCUACUGCUACAGCCACCUGGUGCUCAUCCUUGGUAGGGGAGCCAGCCGGCGCCGCCAGAAGAGAGUGGCGGGGCUCGCAGCAGCCACGCUGCUCAACUUUCUCGUCUGCUUCGGGCCCUACAACGUGUCCCACGUCGUGGGCUACAUCCAGGGUAAAAGCCCGAGGUGGAGAAGUUAUGUGCUGCUCCUCAGCACCCUGAAUUCGUGUGUUGACCCCCUUGUCUACUAUUUCUCCUCAUCGGGGUUCCAAGCGGACUUCCACGGGCUGCUGGGGAGGCUGGCCAGGGCCUGUGGCCUUUGGCGGCAGGAAGGCAGCGUGACGCUGAAGAAGGGUGAAGGAGAGGGGCCGCCGCAGGAGCUGUCCAACAUAGAGGCCAGGUAGUGGACUUGAGGAGGGCGCUGGAGCGGGUGG